CACCAUGCCCUGCUCGGAAGACGCUGCCGCCGGCUUGGUGAGCAAGAGGGCUCGGGCCGAGGAUGGCGCUUCCCUGCGCUUCGUGCGGCUCUCGGAGCACGCCACGGCUCCCACGCGCGGGUCCGCCCGCGCUGCGGGCUACGACCUGUACAGUGCCUAUGAUUAUACAAUACCACCUAUGGAGAAAGCCAUUGUGAAAACAGACAUUCAGAUAGCUGUUCCUUCUGGGUGUUAUGGAAGAGUAGCUCCACGCUCUGGCUUGGCAGUAAAGCACUUCAUAGAUGUGGGAGCCGGUGUCAUAGACGAAGAUUAUAGAGGAAAUGUUGGUGUUGUGCUGUUUAACUUUGGAAAAGAGAAGUUUGAAGUAAAAAAAGGUGAUCGAAUUGCACAGCUCAUUUGUGAACGGAUUUUUUAUCCGGACUUAGAAGAAGUUAAGACACUGGAUGACACUGAAAGGGGCUCGGGAGGCUUCGGCUCCACUGGAAAGAAUUAAAAUGUGCUUGGAGUAUUUUGCUGCUUCAACACUGUAAAGAGCAGCUCUAGUUUUGGUAGUGCUUUGUGUUCUAGGAUACAGAAAGGGGACCCGUUACGUCACAGUGGAACUUCUGUCUCCUGAUGUUGAUGGUCACCUAUAAAUCCACACUGUGAGGAUGACAAGGACAUGCAGAUUUGGUCCAACCAAGUGUACAAUUGGGUUUUUUUGUUGUGUUAUUUAAAUUAUAGUCCUCUAGCUACUGGUUUUGUUCUAACGGCUUUAUCAGUUGUAAGGUUUGUAUUUUUUUUAAUUCAAUAAAGUUGAAGUCUUUA